UUGACAGCUAAUCGACGAUUGUUGACAUCAUUGUGAAAAAUAAAGGAUUUAAUAAUUUUAUUUAAUUAUUUGGUUUUUUAAGUACAAAACGCAAGAAAUUUAUAACAAAAAUCAUGAGGCGUCACGCAGGAGUAGGUGCCAUACAGAAACAAAGAUUGCAACAGGAGAAAUAUCGGGAAAAAGGAUCAGAAAUCCAGGAAAAUCAGUUUCAACAAAUGUCCAAACAAUUGGAAGUUUUUAGAGAAAACUUAGAAGAAUUUGCGACUAAACAUAAGAGUGAGAUAAAGAAGAAUGCUCAGUUUAGAAGGCAGUUUCAAGAGAUGUGUGCUGCAAUCGGUGUAGAUCCGCUGGCAUCUGGAAAGGGAUUUUGGUCUGUCUUAGGUAUUGGUGAUUUUUACUAUGAAAUAGGAGUACAAAUAGUGGAGGUGUGUUUAGCCACAAACUACAAGAAUGGUGGGCUUAUAACUUUGGAGGAGCUGCGUACGAGACUCAUUGCAGCCAGAGGCAAGGCCAAGAUACACCAAGAAAUUACUAAUGAAGAUCUGUUGGUUGCUGUUAAGAAACUCAGGAUAUUUGGGAAUGGUUUCACAGUAGUACCAAUGGGUAAAGGCAAGUGGUUGGUGCAGUCAGUGCCGGGCGAGUUGAACUUGGAUCAAACAUUGGUGCUGCAGAAAGCAAGUGGACUGGGCACUGCUUGGGUGUCUCUUAGCAUACUCAUUGAUGAUCUUGGAUGGACAGAAACAAGAGCCCAGAAUGCUUUAAACCACAUGGUAAAAGAAGGUCUAGCAUGGGUGGAUACCCAAGACACAAAGGAGACCUUAUACUGGUUCCCAAGUAUGUUCUCUGAGUGUGUGGCUGCGUGAUUUACAAAUUUUAACCCUAUUGUAAAGCUAUAAGAGUUAUAUUGUGAUAUACAUAUUAUAAUUUAUGUUGAAAAUAUAUACAACUAAC